AUGGACUAUGCGAGUGCUGAUCCUACUUUUGUCGCAAAGACUAGCGCGCUUGCAGUAACUCACCCAUUCUCCCGUAUCAUGAAAGGGGACGGCAACUGUGGCUGGAGAGGUGAUGAUUCAUGCCUUUCUGAGAUCUUGUACCACGCUAACUCACCUGAUGUAGCUGUCGCAUUCGGAUAUUUCGAGAAUCUUUUCAACCUACGAGACACGCUCCGUGUACACCGCGAGCUACUCCGGAUCAAGUCAAUGAAUGUGCUCCUUAAUCAGGUCGGCCAACAGGAGCACCUGUAUGAAAUUUUCGUGGAUGCGACAGAGGAGAUAUUUAACCAAAUAUCAGAGGCGAUACAAAAUGGCGUCCGCGAUGACUCCUUCCUCGUAGACGCUUUCAAUAAUGAAUACAAUUCGAGUGCCAUCAUAACGCAUUUCAGAAUCCUGACAAGUGCGUGGAUGAAACUCAACCCUCACCGCUACCAGGCUUUUCUCUCGUUGCCGGUGGACCAGUAUUGCGCAACCCGAAUCGAGACGGUCAAGACAGAGAUUGACGAAGUUGGCCUCCAAGCUUUAGUUGAUGGUGUGGUCGAGCCUGCUGGAUUCGCUGUUGAGAUCUUGUAUCUCGACCGCAGCGAAGGUGACGCAGUGACUCCUCACAUGUUGACUCCCGCCCGGCCUAGUGUUGUGACUAUUCGUCUACUCUAUCGCCCGGGUCAUUAUGACUUGCUCUACCAGGCUGAAACUACUGUGAAUAUGGAGCCUGUGGUCAAUUAUCAAUACGCGAUGACUUCUAACUACACCCCCUGGGACCAAGGCGCGCUCUCAUUCGAUGUAAAUUCAAGUUUAAUGUCUAUUCCGAAUCUCAUGAUGGACCCAACUUUUGGGCUUGCCCCCUCUCCGAUCCCUGCCGCCCCGGCCAGUCCUUUCCAAGUCUCGUCACCUCCAGAUGUCUACCAACCUCCCAUACACACCUCACCGCCUGUCCCUAUGGCAUCUCCGCCACCUCCUCGGAUGUCAGCACCUCCGCCGAUGAGCUCUUUACCAAGCCGCUCGUCGGACGGGCCACAGAUUCGGUUGAAUCCGCUGGUUAUGAAGCCUAAUCUAAGCCAUUCUCUCCCAGUCACGACGCCAUUUAAAAACUCUCCCUAUAAUCAAGCACAUUUUCAGAACCAAGACUUUGAACCAAUUCAUUGGGAACCUACUCCUAGACUCUCUGACCGGCGCUUUAUCAAGGGCAGGCCAUCAUCGCCACUCUCGACGAAGGAUCUUUUGACUGUGUCAUCUACUUUCGGUACAAUUGAGAGUUCACACCCCCACUCGCUUCCUUAUCUCUUUUCUUCAUCUAUUGAUCUGUCUGUAAGUCUGUUGCUUAGCGUCUGUCUUGCGCGUUGCAUGGUUUUGCGUUUCAGAUCAUUACAACAGACAUUAUCUGGGUGGAGGCUAUUUAUUAAAUUCUGUCUCUCUAAUGAACGAAAACAUUCCUGUCCUCAUGUUUGA